AUGGCAUUGUUGGGUGGCCAUUACCAAUGGCUGAUUCUGCGUGGGAUUUUUCUCAUGAUACUUGUUUUCUAUGUAGCUGAUUGCAAAAAUAUAUAUCUUGAAUGGCAUGUCGCCACCAAUGACACUAUUAGACCUGUUAAUGCUGAUCAACCGGUUCUUACCAUUAACGGGUUGUUUCCAGGCCCUCUAAUCAAUGCCACAACCAAUGAUAUUAUCCAUGUUAAUGUCUUCAACCAUAUAGAUGAUCCUGUUCUCUUUACUUGGAAUGGGAUACAACAAAGACUGAAUUCUUGGCAAGAUGGAGUCUCAGGUACAAAUUGUGCAAUUCAACCUGGUAAGAAUUGGACUUAUGUGUUCCAAACCAAGGAUCAAAUUGGAACCUUUUUCUACUUCCCCUCCAUCGAUUUCCUCAAAGCUGGAGGAGGUUUGGGCCCAAUUCGAGUCAACAACAGGAUUGUUAUCCCUGUUCCAUUCCCUAAACCUGAAGCUGAGUAUGAUCUUCUCAUUGGUGAUUGGUACCAAAGAAGCUAUAAGGAUGUUAGGUCCAUGGCAAAGAACGGGUCUGAUAUUAGUACCCCUGAUAAAAUUCUGAUGAAUGGCAAAGGUUCAUAUAUGGACCCACGUGCAAAAACCCAUGAGUCCUUCACUGUCACAAAAGGGAAGACUUACAGAAUCAGGAUAUCAAAUGUGGGUACCACAUGGAGUUUUAACUUCAGGAUUCAAAAUCAUCAUCUGGAAGUGGUAGAAACAGAAGGAUCAUAUACUUCUCAGAUUACGUUGGAUUCCAUUGAUGUUCAUGUUGGCCAGUCUUACUCUGUACUUGUCACAGCUGAUCAAGUUGCUGCAGAUUAUUACAUGGUUGCCUCUCCUAAGCUAUACAAUGCCACAGAUAUCAGCAAGUUUGGCAUUGGUGUGUUUCACUAUGACAACUCCUCUGCACCUGCCAAUGGCUCUCUUCCAAGUGGCCCUGAUCCCUUUGAUCUACAAUUUUCAAUUAAUCAAGCCAAAACCAUUAGGUGGAACCUGACCACUGGGGCCGCAAGGCCUAAUCCCCAAGGAACAUUCAACGUUUCGAAUGUGACAUUGUCACAGACUUUCAUUCUCCGAGCAUCAACAGCUAAGAUUGACAGUUUUUCUCUCUACACUGUCAACAAUGUCUCAUACCUGACUCCAGAUACACCACUAAAACUGGCUGAUCACUUUGGCAAUUCGUCUGGAGUAUAUGAACUCGACAAAUUCCCAACAAAUUCUUCCAAUAACAACUCAGUGAAAGGGACUUUCGUUGCAAGUGGAAUUCACAAAGGGUGGAUUGAAAUUGUGUUCAAGAAUGAUUUAAAAGUCAUGGAUUCCUGGCAUUUGGAUGGAUUUGGCUUUUAUGUUGUUGGUUUUGGUGAGGGGGAAUGGAGUCCCGAAAGUCGCUAUGGAUACAACCUUUAUGAUCCAGUUGUUCGCUCCACAACUCAAGUUUAUCCUGGAGGAUGGACUGCAGUUUAUGCGUAUCUGGACAAUCCUGGAAUGUGGAAUUUGAGAUCACAGAAUUUGAAGAAUUGGUAUUUGGGAGAAGAGCUUUAUGUGAGAGUUUAUGAUGCUGAUCCUGAUCCUGCAAAGGAGAGACCACCCCCGGAAAACAUCCAACUAUGUGGAAAGUUCACUCCACCACCAUCCCCCCCACCCCCACCCCCACCCCCACCCCCACCCCCACCCCCACCUCCAUCAGACCCAGCUCCACCUAAACCUUCAUUAGCUCCACAAACUUUGCAAAGAUCAGGGUAA